CAGGACGACUCUCACACAGUCACACUCACUCCCUGCCGUCGUCUAUGCAGGGCCAGAGUUAGAAAAGUACCCUCAAGUAGCAAGUCUCGCUGCGGCUGGCGUCCUGGCGACCAUGCAUGCCAUUGCCACUUCUUCGCCAUGAAGACCAAGUCCCCGACGUUCUCCGUCACCACCGCGUCCCAGCUCCACGACGCCAUCGACCGCCUCCUCCCGCUGCUCCGCGCCGACGCUUAUCACGUCCCGGCCGCACGCGCUCUGGCCGCGGCCGCCGCCUCGCUCCCAUCCUCCAACCUCCUCCUCUCCAACCGCCUCCUCCACCUCCUCUCCUCCCAAUCCGCCUCCCUCCCAGACGCCCUCUCCCUCCUCUCGUCCAUCCCGAACCCUGACCGCUGCUCCUACAACACUCUCAUCGCGGCGCUCUCCCGCUCGCAGCGCCACCUCCCCUCUGCGCGCGCGCUGUUCGACCGAAUGCCCCAGAGGGACCACUUCUCCUGGUCCACCAUCGUCUCCGCCUACUCACGCCACGGCCAGCCCCUCGACGCGCUCGCGCUCUACCGGCGGAUGCACGAGGAUCCGGAGAAUGCCGGCGCCGACAACGAGUUCACGGCGUCCAGCGCCCUCGCCUCGGCCACGGCUGCCCGGUGCGCCCGCGCGGGCAGGGAGCUGCACUGCCACGUGGCGAGGAAGGGGAUUGGUGCGGAUGAUGCUGUCAUGUGGAGCGCCCUCGCGGACAUGUACGCCAAGUGCGGGCGAGUGGACGACGCGCGGAAAGUGUUUGACGGGAUGCCGGUCCGGGAUGUCGUCUCUUGGACGGCGAUGGUGGAGAGAUACUUCGACGCCGGACGCGUUGAGGAAGGAUUCAUGCUGUUCCUUCACAUGCUGGGGCCUGCAGGCGUUCGACCCAACGAGUUCACCUACGCGGGGGUUCUGCGUGCUUGCGCAGAGCUCGCCGUCGAGAGCCUCGGUAGGCAGGUGCAUGGUCGAAUGUUGAAGAGCAGCAUUGGGGACUCGUGCUUUGCAGAGAGUGCGCUUCUGCACAUGUACUCCAAGUGCGGGGACAUGGGGAGUGUGGAGUGUGUAUUCGAGCAGAUGACAAAACCAGACCUGGUAUCGUGGACAGCGAUGAUAUGCGGCUAUGCACAGAAUGGUCAGCCAGAGGAGGCGUUGCACUACUUCGACAUGUUCUUGAGGUCUGGAAUUAGGCCUGACCAUGUCACGUUUGUUGGUGUUCUGUCUGCGUGUGCUCAUGCUGGUCUGGUCGAGAAAGGUCUGGAGGUUUUCCAUUUGAUAAAGGAUGAGUAUGGCAUUCAGCACACUGCUGAUCAUUAUGCCUGUGUAAUCGAUCUCCUCAGCCGGUCAGGCCAGUUUGAACGAGCAGAAGAAAUGAUCAACAAGAUGCCCGUUAAACCUAACAAGUUCCUAUGGGCAUCCUUGCUUGGCGGCUGCCGUAUUCACAAGAAUGUCUGCCUGGCGAGGCGGGCAGCAGAAGCGUUGUUUGAAAUAGAACCUGAAAAUCCAGCGACUUAUGUAACUCUAGCUAAUAUUUACACAAGUGUCGGUUUGUUUGAUGAAGUUGAGGGUGUGCGGGGGAUCAUGGAGUCAAAGGGCAUAAGAAAAGUACCGGCUUCGAGUUGGAGAAGAGUGCAUGUGUUUCUGGUUGUUGAUAAGUCGUAUCCUCAAUCUGAAGAAAUCUAUGCACUUAUGAAGAUGCUGUAUGCGAAAAUGAGGGAUGAAGAGUGUGCUAUUGUGGUGGACACCUGAUUUGUUCUCUACGUCGAAGACGAGCAGAAGGAACAUAAUGGAUACCACAGCGAUCGACUUGCCAUUGCAUUCAGGAUCAUGGCUAUUCCUGAGGGCUAACCUAUCAAGGUUUCUAAGAACCUGAGGAUCUGUGGGGACUGUCAUACUGCUAUUAAGCUCAUAGCACAUUAUCUGGACUCCGGGAGAGAGCACUAUCAGGGACUCAAAUAUGAUCACAUCAAGACUGGAAAUUGUUCUUGCAGAGACUACUGGUAACAUGCCCUGCAUAUAUGGAUUUACUUCUGAUAUUGGGCAAUAUUGUCCACUUUUUCAUGGCUAAAGUCGCCCCGCAGCACCUCCUGUUUUGGCAGCAGGUGUUCACACGAGGUGAUUGGAAUAGUUGUUAUACUUGCACUGUUGCACAAUGUAUCUGCUAUGUGCCUUUGGUACAACUGUUGGUUUGCAAGAAAUUACAUAACAAUUAUACUGGAUUUGGUUAUGGAGCUUCUCAGUUUCC